AUCAAUUGUAUUUUAUACAGCUCUCGAAAUACAGGAAGGAUCACCAUAGAUUAUACAUACAUGCUUACAUUAAAUUGGCCUGGGCAUCUUCAUUUGAAUAUGAGUAGCCAACAAAUUGUUUAGUGAUUACAAUGUUAUACUGAUGGCAAAUAUGAAAUGAUAAAGAAAAAUCAAGAUGUUCCGCUGCGGAUUGCUGGUCCUAACAUCACCAAUACAUCAGCUGCUCAGCCGUAUUACUCCAAUUCUCAAUGAAGCAGUUUCGCUUAUUAACGAAACAUUAAUUAUCCAUCUUGAGCCUGAAUUUGACAGAGUAUUAAACAAAGUGUCUGUACAUACCACGCCACCAACUGAAUCCUUAUCUAAACUUGUGAUGAACAUCUAUGCGCAAGCUGGAAAUAGCAAACAGUGUCCAGAUGUUCGCAUACUCCUUCAUAACAUUACCACUCUACCGAGUACAUGUGCACUACCACAUAUGAUUUCAAGUCCUGUUGAAGUAGUUCUUACAGACUUCCAAGACAUUGGUUCCAACUUCAAUCAAUUCUUAAAUACAAGCUUCACCCUACCGACAGCCCCAAAAAUUCAGCAGUUAUCAAAUUGUUCGGAUGAUAACCAGGAUGUUAGGGAUGUCAAUGAUGAAGAUGUAAAAAAUGGAGUGAAUAAUGUUUUGCAGACGUACGGACAUGUUGUACUUGGUGGUACAUUUGAUCGACUUCAUAAUGGACACAAGAUUCUCUUGAGCGAGUCUUGCUUAAGAGCUGAAAAGAAGAUCACAAUUGGUGUAACAGACGGGCCGAUGAUCAAAAAGAAAACACUGACAGAAUUAAUUCUACCAAUCGAGGAGCGAUGCCUACAUUUAAAGAGUUUCUUAUCAGAUGUUAAGCCGCAAGUGUUACAUGAUCAUUCCCUAGUUCCUAUAGUUGAUCCUUUUGGACCAAGUAUAGUCUAUGCUGACAUGACAGCUAUUGUUGUCAGUGAGGAAACGAAAGGAGGUGGGGAUGCUGUCAACAAGAAGAGGAAAGAAAAGGGGCUGAAUGAACUGGACAUUCAUGUUAUAAGUCUUGUUGAAGACUGCCAUCAUGCUGAGCAUGAGGAAGUUAAGAUCAGCUCGUCCAGUCAGCGUAUUCGUCUUCUUGGAACCCUUCUAAGACCGCCACUGAUACGUCCUAAUUUACCAUCCAAGCCUUACCUCAUUGGUCUGACAGGUGGCAGUGCAAGUGGAAAGAGCUCAAUUUGCAAGAGGCUACACAAGAUUGGAGCAGGUAUUGUGAAAUGCGAUGAGCUUGGACACAAGGCUUACGAGCCAGGAACAGAAACAUUUAAAGAGGUUGUGAAACAGUUUGGAGAAGCCAUUGUAGGUGAAGAUGGUUUCAUAAAUCGUAAGAUGUUAGGUGCUAAAGUAUUUUCUGAUGCAGCCAACUUAGAGAAACUAAACCAGAUCGUGUGGCCAGCAAUUGCCCAGAUGGCUAAAAAGGAAAUAGAGACAUUUUCUGAGCAAGGAUUGGAAGUGUGUAUUCUUGAUGCUGCAGUUUUGUUGGAAGCAAGUUGGGACAAAAUGGUACAUGAAAUUUGGGUUUCUGUUGUACCUGAAGCUGAGGCUAUAAAGCGCAUAAUGGAAAGAGACAACCUUCCAGAAGAACGUGCUAAAAAUCGUAUCCAGUCACAACUUAGCAAUCAACAACGUGUUAAUGUGGCGAACGUUGUCCUUAGUACGUUAUGGGAACCUGAUAUUACUCAAAAACAGGUUGAAAAGGCUUGGACUGGAUUGAUGGAGAGGAUUGGAAGUUAUGAUGCACAACAUAAAUUAUGAUGAUUAUUACUAUCAUUUGUAAAAUUAAAAGAUGUAAUUAAUUAUUUGCACUAAUUUACAAUAAUGUCCAAUCUGAUUUAAGAUUUCCACUGGGUUAUUGGAAAUAUUAGAUUUAAAGUGAAAUGUUAUAUUUUAAUAAUUUAUUAUUGUUAUUUUAUAGAUUAUAUUAUCAUUGUAUGUUUUUGUGUAGCAUUUAAAAUAUUUUGUUAUUCAGUUAAUAAAAUAAUAUAAUAAAGUUUCGAAACUUGGAAUAUGUGAUGUAUCAUCACUUCAUUUCAUUUUCAUUAACACAUUUAUUCCACCAAUUGCAUUGAUCUGAAUAUGAAAAUUCCAUAUGUUCGUAUUUAAGUGCAUUUAUAUAAUUUGAACCCUGUUCAAGAGAAUAAAUGAGAAAUAUAUUGAAUUA